GAGGCGAGAGUGGGAGAGAGAGAAUGCAACGCAAGUGAACGAUCCGACUGAUUCGCUUCGCGCCUAUCGAAUUUCUCUCGCGUUUUCUACUUUUGUCUCUCAGAAAACGGGCGUCCGAUUUUUGCCAAAAUGUAUAAAAAUCCUAAAGAUAUGAACGAGGAUGAGAUCAAGCAAUAUAAAGACGAUCCGCGUUAUUCAUGUCAAUUUGGUGUUAAGUGUUACCAAAAGAAUCCGGUGCAUCAUAAAAAAUACAAACAUCCGCCGAAAAGUGAACAGCAAAAAAAGAAGGAAGAAGAUGCAACAAAAUUAGAGAUGGGAGAGAAAAGGAAGGCCGAGGACGAUCCCGAUUCGCCCACGAAAACGCCACCUGGUUCGCCGCAGGCGAAACAUCUCGACAAAAAGCAGAAUAAUAGUGCCGAUGCAAUUCCGGAAUGUUCAUCCUCGCCAGAGAAAAAAUCCGAGGAAAUCGAUCAGUCAAAAACGAACGAUGUCGCAGCUUCCGAAAGAGGCUCGGAGGAGCAAAAAAAGCGUGAACUCUCCCCGUCGCCCGAGAAGGAAACUGAAAAAUCUGAUUCGAAAAUUGUAGAAAAAGAUGGAAAAAUUGAUGAAAAUUCGUCUUCCGAGGAUCAUCAGCAGGAAAUCUCCAAGUUAUUUCUAACGGAAAUGCCCCAAGAUUUUUACCAGUUUUACGACUUCUGCAAGGAAAACUCGAAGGAAAAUCCUGCCCUGGCUCUGAAAAUUGUCGAUUUGAAACUCGUCGGGCCCUUCGAUCUUCUUCUGGGCGGUAAAUUUUCGCAAAUUGAGGACAAGGGUACAAUUUUGACGCACUGGAGAUAUUUCUACGACCCUCCGGAAUUUCAGACCAUUUUAAAAGGAAACGACAAGGACGGAUUGCACUUUGGAUAUUGGAGAGACGAUCCGACGAAAAUGCCCGUUUUUAUAGCUAGAAACGACGCCAAUGUUUCCUGCAAAAUUGUUCCAGUUGCUGAAAAUUUAUUUGGAACUGUCGACGCUUAUUUGGAGGAGAGGAUUAAAUUGGCGAAUCCUUUUGAGAAGGCGACAAUCGCUCGUCUCCAGCAGAAAGUGAAAGCUUUCGCGAAAGAGAAGAAUAUUAGUCUGGAAAAACAUACGCCAGGAAUGAAGGAAAGGGAGAGGAAAGUCGUGGCGAGGACUUUGCAUGGAGCUGGCAUUGUCGCUCCUUACGACCGGAAAACGCAAGUUGGCUAUCGGAAAUUGGCCACAAGUGAAGCCGAUCUGCAAAAAAUGUUGAAGAAAAUCAAGGAAGCGGAGACGGAUGAGGAGAGAAAGUCGGCAAUGUCGGAUCUGCAGGAAGUGAUUCGCUGGGCGACAAUAGCCGCCGACGAGUGUGAUUUCGGGACUUGUUUAGAAUUGGGCCACGAUCUCUUCUCGAGCGGCGUGUCUCAAGUCCAGGACAUGGCCCUGCAGAUGCUCUCAAUCGCCUACGGCCAAAUUGAUCGUCCCGCUUUUCUCAAAAUUGCCGAGGCGCAUUUCAAGGAUAGGAAGACAGGAUCCACUUCACUCAGCAUUCUCUAAGUCCCGAAAGGAAAAUCAAGAACCAACUGUACACAAGUUUAGGUGCCUUCUUCUUAUACUUCUUCUUCUUCUUCUUCUUCUUCUUCGAAACCAUCGCCAACUUUCCGUCACAUUCAAUCUAGCAAUCCACUUUUCUUCAUUAUUCUCCUAGGUAUAUUAUAUUAUUCCUGCCUUUUUUUUUAUUUAUUCGAAUCGAUAGUGCUGAAGAUGAGUCGGAAAAUGUACCAGUCUUCCUAGUAUUAUUAUAGAUUUUAAAUUGAAAGAAGUGGGAAGGAAGGAACGAGAGUUGAAGUGGGGUGGAUGCUUAUUUAUUUAAGGAGCCUUUCGAUCAAUCUCGGUUGCAAUCUCAGAUUAUUUAUUUCAAUCAGGAAUUCACUGAGAUACAUUUUCGGAUUAUUUAUAUCUUCGGGAUUAUGAAAUACUUUUUAUAUUUUUUUUUUAAGGGAUCAAGUAAACUGUAUUUAAUAAAAAUUCGAUAGAAUGA